AUGGCCGAUUGGAUUUCUCAAUGUAAAUCGUUUCAGCAAUCUGAUCCAACAGUUGUUUUCCAAAGAUUUCUAUACUCUCAAAAAUCCCAAAAUCCAACUCUUAAGCCGGAUGUGGAGUGCGAGGGAUUUAGAGAUGUAAAGGAAGAAGGAUGUAGAGUGCGAGGGAGAGGAGCGAAAGUUGAAGCUGUGGGGGUGAAAGAUGUAUCAGGUGAUGGUAAGGAGAAGAAAGCAGAUGAGAAUGCAAAGGUGGAGGCAACUACGGAGGAGAAGGAAGAUAAAAAGAUCAGAGAGUCUGAAGAAGAGACAAUUGAAGAUGAUGAGGAGUCUAAACAUAUGACGAAGGAAGACGGCAUGAGUGUUCAAGAAACACCUGUUAAACAGAUUGAUGUUUACAAGGAAUCAAAAUCAACAGACAACAAGUCUAACUCAAAAGAGCCGAAGAAACCGUUUCAAAGAGUGAACGUUGAGGAAGUAGUGUUCGCUGACGAUAGGCUCAAAGACACCUCUUAUUGGGCAAAGAAGAUUAAAUUUGAUUUGAUUUGCACUUCCUCGAUGCUACCUUCAAAGUUCUAUGCUACCUUCAAAGUCAACUGA